AUGCUUUAUUUCCAGGCCCCAGCUUACCAUCUCAUUUUGGAAGGAAUUCUAAUACUGUGGAUAAUCAGACUCCUUUUCUCCAAGACCUAUAAGCUUCAAGAACGAUCUGAUCUGACACCUAAGGAAAAAGAAGAAUUGAUUGAAGAGUGGCAGCCAGAGCCACUUGUUCCUCCUGUAUCGAAAGAUCACCCAGCUCUCAACUAUAACAUUGUUUCAGGUCCUCCCACUCAUAAAAUCACGGUUAAUGGCAAGGAAUGUAUAAACUUUGCAUCAUUUAAUUUCCUUGGACUUCUGGAUAAUGAAAAAGUUAAGAAUGCAGCCCAGGCAUCCCUGAAGAAGUAUGGUGUUGGCACCUGUGGACCUAGAGGAUUCUAUGGUACUUUUGAUGUGCACUUAGAAUUAGAAGAACGACUCGCAAAAUUCAUGAGGACAGAGGAAGCUAUUAUAUACUCAUAUGGAUUUGCAACCAUUGCCAGUGCUAUUCCUGCAUAUUCAAAAAGAGGAGACAUUGUGUUUGUAGAUGAAGCUGCCUGCUUUGCUAUUCAGAAGGGAUUACAGGCGUCUCGUAGUAACAUCAAGUUAUUUAAGCAUAAUGAUAUGGCUGACCUUGAACGACUGUUGAAAGAACAGGAGACUGAAGAUCAAAAGAAUCCUCGCAAGGCCCGUGUAACUCGAAGGUUUAUUGUGGUGGAAGGAUUGUAUAUGAAUACAGGAGAUGUCUGCCCUCUUCCAGAAUUGAUAAAACUGAAGUAUAAAUACAAAGUUAGAAUUUUUUUGGAGGAGAGCCUUUCCUUUGGAGUCCUUGGGGAGCAUGGACGAGGAAUUACUGAACACUUUGGCAUAAAUAUUGAUGAUAUAGAUCUUAUCAGUGCAAACAUGGAAAAUUCACUGGCUUCUAUUGGAGGAUUUUGCUGUGGAAGAUCUUUUGUUAUUGAUCAUCAGCGGUUGUCUGGUCAGGGCUACUGCUUUUCUGCAUCCCUACCUCCUUUGUUAGCUGCUGCUGCUAUUGAGGCUCUGAAUAUUAUGGAAGAUAAUCCAGACAUUUUUCAGAUUCUCCAGGGAAAAUGCAAGCGAAUUCACAGAGCUUUACAAGGGAUUUCUGGCUUAAAACUAGUGGGAGAAUCUUUUUCUCCAGCAUUGCACCUACAAUUGGAAGAGAGCUGUGGAUCUCGAGAAAAUGAUGUGAAGUUACUGAAAAGAGUUGUAGAUUAUUGCAUGAAUAGUGGCAUUGCAUUAACUCAGGCCUGCUAUCUGGAGAAAGAAGAAAAGUGUCUUCCCCCGCCUAGUAUUCGAGUAGUGGUAACAGUGGAACAAACAGAACAAGAACUGGACAAGGCUGCAUCACUUAUUAGGGAAGCUGCACAGUCUGUACUGAAUUAGACUGCUGUUUUGGAUACCUGUUUUCCUCAAAUUAUCAAGACACAUUGUUUUACACUGUAUAGCGUCUUGGCUUCCACUUCAGAUAUUCAAGUUCGUCCACUGAUGGCACUGAAGCCGGACUGAGUAACAAGAUUGUUCCAGAAUAGUACAAAUGCAGUGAGGGAAAGAAUGCUGAAUUUCGGAAUUGGUGAAUGACACAGGGUAUUUACAACUUCAAACUCUACCAUUUAGUAGCUCUCCUUAAAAUGUAAUAUCGAAAUCGCACACAAGUUCUUAUAAGUUUCAUCUUAAAAAGCCUUAAAUAUAUUUUCUCACACCAUUGGAUGUUUUCAAAAAUAUGUGUAAAUGUUCAUUUUUUCCCCAAAAAACAUUUAAAAUGAAUAAUUUUCCCUGAAUUGUCUCAGAAUAUGGGAACUGAAAUAGAUUUCAGGGAUUUUUCUUUUUCCCCAAAAGGAAAAUAGCUUUUUCCUCAUACUGCCGAAAGG